AUUGACCCUGCAGAUCCCCAGGUUAAUCGCGACCUCGAACUGUUCUGCCAAGCAGUUUGCUCCUUCGGCAAGGGAAUACGCAGACACGAGAGCGGCAAGUGGGAACUGGACGGGUUCACCACACAUCUGUACCCACACCAAGUGAUUGGUGUGAGCUGGAUGGUGGGCCGCGAGAUGCACCCAGUCGGCCCCAAGGGCGGCAUUCUUGCCGACGAGAUGGGGUUGGGGAAGACCGUGCAGGUGCUCGCAUGCAUGUCCCAAAACCUACCGAGCAGAAAGUCUAGGGCCCAGAAAACCCUGAUUGUCGUACCCAAGAGGGUGCUUCAACAAUGGCUCAAGGAAAUCGGAAGGCACUGCUCAAACAAAAAUGCGAAGAUGAAGCCGGCGUUCGUCUACUCGGCGGGGCGGGCAGAUGAAGAAUGGGAGGACCGGAAUAUCAUCCUUGUCAACUACGAACAGCUGCUGCAGCAGUUACCGUCACCAGAAGACCGCAGCAUAAUUGAUGAGCUGAGGUCCCAGAACAAUCCCGACUGGAAAGUUCGGAUGCGCGAGUCAGCCGGCCGUCUCUUCCAGGAGGACUGGUACCGUCUGGUGCUCGAUGAGGCACACAGGAUAAACAAUAGGUUCAGCCAGAAGUUCUUCCCAUACCUGGAUUUCCUGAGAACGGUAUACAACGAGUUCGGGAGCUACCGAAAUGACAUGGGCAAUACCGAAGACGCUAGCCAGUUGGAGAAACUGAAAACGACAUACCAAGCCAUAACACUCAGGCGGUUCGUGGAUCCAACCCACACAUCCUUCACUGCCCGAUCAUAUGAUAGGCGACUUGGUGACAAGCUAAUGGGCAGAGAGAUAAUUGAUGUCCCUACCCCACACAUGGAGACAAUCAUGGUCGACUUUUGCCCGGCCGAACGCAAAUUCUACCAGGAAUUACGGGACAAGUACAAUGCUCUUCUGGAGCGCUCCCAAAUCUCAAGAAGCGCUGGCAUGUCCUCCGAUGUCUCGAAGGGCGAGCUUAUAAGGGUCUUCAACUCCCUUCGGUUCUACACAUCCCACCCAGCCCUUGUUGAUCCUGGCUAUGUCUCAGAGUACCCCUCCGAUUGCGUGACGGUCCAGUGCUUCUGCAGACUCUGCCGCAAUGUCCUGGUCGAGCCGGUCAUUGCGCAAUGCAGCCAUGCCUUCUGUAGGGCGUGUCUCAGAAGGUCCCAGAGAGAGCAAAAUCAGCGCCCAUGUCUGAGCUGCGGCACGGUUCCAGACGCUGCGAGGGAUGCAGAGGACAACGAGUGCUUUCGCCACCAUCCCACACAAUACGCGCAAUUGGUGAGAGAUUAUUGGGGUCCUGACCAAGGCGGCAAAGGCACGCGCUACAAACGAACUCGCAAACCUGGCGAAGACGAAUUCGGGUUGCAGCCAUUGCUUGAUCGCCAACGGACCACCAGGAAACGACGAGGCAGAGCCAGAGGGAGAGGGAGAGGGCGGAAGGGCCAGGGAUCGAGACGGAAGACCCGGCCCAAGAAGAAGGAUGUUGCAGAGGAGCAGAUCCGCAUCCACGCUGGGGCCUUCUUGCGGGCAUGCGACCAAGAGCCCUGGGAGCCAAUUCCGCAUGGCGCAAAGACAAAGGCUACCCUAGAUCUUGUCCAGAGAUGGCAGGAAGAAGCGCCGGAUGACAAGAUCAUCAUUUUUGCUCAGUGGCUCCCAGUUCUUAACUUGCUUGGGAGGAUGCUCUUCCACAAGGGUCUUAGGUUCGUAUACCUCUGGGGACAGAUGAAACCGGGCCAGCAAGAGGGGUGCAUUCGGGCGUUCACUGAGCGGCCUGAAAUCAAGAUCAUGCUCGUUUCCGCCACCUGCGGUGCGCUUGGUCUGAACUUGACAGCCGCCAACCGCGCCAUCGUCUACGAUCACUGGUGGAACGAGGUCCUCGAGCGCCAGGCCUUUGCUCGGAUCGUACGCAUAGGUCAAGCCAAGCCGGUGUACCUGGCAAAGGUGGUUGCAGCAGACUCCAUGGAUGAAGACAUCCUGAACUUGCAGGCCACCAAGAGGUCUAUCAUCAAUAAUGCCGUAGGGGAGAGCACCACGCCCUCGGAAUCCGCGCAUAUGCUCGGCGGCGGCUUCGACCUGGGGAUCAGCGACGGCGAGCUUGACUUUGAGGCGAAUUGGCUGGCGGGCAUGCAGGAUCUUAGCGAUGACGACAACACCAGUACCGAUGACAGCGAGGCUGAGAGCGAAACCGAGAGCGGCACGGGUGACGAGGGGAGCGAUGAUGACGAAGACGAUAACGAGAGCGAGGAUUCCUCUGACGAGGAGUCCACGGCACACAAUGUGGGU